CAGUAAAGAAAACUACUUUAAAGUUUAUACAGUUCUUUUAUUUUUUAGUACCACCUAAGAGCCUUACUAUCAAAGAUGGCAAGAACAACACUUUAACAGGACUCAUUGGACCUUAUGAAGAAGGUGCUACUGUCAGCCUUGUUUGUGAAGCAGCUGGAGGUCGUCCGACUCCUGUUCUGUCUUGGUGGAAAGGAUCAACACUACUGGAUGAUUCUUACACGGUACUGGGUCGUGGCCAAGUGAAAAAUGAGCUUGUUUUGCUGAAUCUUCAAAGGGAGGAUCUCUUGGCCACGCUCACUUGCCAAGCAUCCAAUACCAAUCUUACAGUUCCCGUUUCGAGUUCGAUUACUAUCGAUCUGAGUCUUGGUCCACAAGAAGUGAAAAUUAUUACUCCACGAAGACCGUUGUCCUCUGGUGAAGAGCUUGAGAUAGUAUGUCAGACAUUCGGAUCAAGACCCCCUGCGAGAUUAUGGUGGUUGAUUGGCCAGGAAUCUCUCAAUGCCAUGGCCAAAGAAACAAUUUCCGGCGAUGGAAAUUCCACUAUGAGUCGAUUGCGAUUCCGUCCUAUGAGUGAAGAACAUGGAAAAACUUUAAUCUGUAGAGCUCACAAUCCUGAAACUCCAGACAGUGCCUUAGAAGAUAGAUGGGAACUCAACGUGUAUUUUGUCCCCCAGCUUUCUCUUGCCCUUGGAGCAAGUCAGCAGUAUGAACAUAUUCGAGAAGGAAGCGAUGUUUACUUUGAUUGCAAUAUCCAAGCCAAUCCACCAGUUACAAAUGUCAUGUGGAGAUUUCAGUCCCGACCAUUGGAACACCAGCCUUCCAUUGGCAUCAUUGUCAGAAAUCAUUCUUUACUUCUACAAAAUGUUGGAAGGAGACACAGAGGAACUUAUCGAUGUUUGGCCACGAAUCAAGAAGGAGAAGGACAAAGUGAGGAUACAGAACUGGCAAUUCAGUUUUCUCCUGUUUGUAUAUCCGGCCAAAAGCGAAUGUAUGGCGUGGCUAAGCAUGAAGAAAUCAAUGUAACCUGUGAAGUGGAUGCAGACCCCGACGAUAUCCAGUUUCGGUGGAUGUUUAACAAUACAUCAGAAAUGAUAGAUAUCAUCACAUUCACAAGCUCAGCCACAAGAAGCAUUGCAUCUUACGUCCCUAGAUCCAAAAUGGAUUACGGUACCUUGAGUUGUUGGGGUAGAAAUAGCAUAGGAGUUCAAAGACAACCUUGCAUCUUCACUAUCAUGCCAGCUGGACCCCCUGACCCUUUACAAAACUGCUCCUUACUUAGCCAUUCUUCAACCGCUCUUACUAUCAACUGCACUCCUGGCAUUGAAGAUGGCGGUUUAAAGCCGAGGUUUCAUCUGGUUGCUGUAAGUCUGCACGAUCCGAAAGAUCACGCCAACGUCAGCAUUGUAAGCGAUCAGCCAGUGUUUGCUGUCAGGGGUCUUGAUCCUGGUACUACAUAUGAGUUGAUAAUGUUCGCAUCUAAUUCUAAAGGUCGUAGUACUACCACUCAAAUAAUGGCCACAACACUGUACGCUGCUGAAAGAAGGACAGGAGAUGAACAGCCCAUAGCAAUCAGUGCAGUUCUAGCAGUUCUUAUGGGAUUAGUUGGAGCGUUAGUGCUUCUGGCCAUUAUCAUCAUAUUUAUCUUGAAAUCUCGAAGCUCCAGCGACAAUUCAGUGGAACAGGGAGAAAAUAAUGAAAAAAUACAAACACCCAAACUGAAACAUUUUGAAGAUGACAGCCCCGAUGUGAUACCAUCUAAGCCUUUCUGCACUGAUUAUUCCAGUAUAGCUCCAAACACAACUAAUGAAAUAAUAUAUGAAAAUGUAGCUCAAAAAGAACAUACAUAUGCGAAUAUUAUGAGCAGAGUACCUUUCGGUCCCAGUGAACCGUACGAUGACAUAACAUAUGCGGAAUUAGCUCUUCCAGACAGUCGACAGCCGUUUGUAAGGCAUCGACUGGAGCCUCCCACUGAAUAUGCUGACAUCGAUUUUCAGCACAGUCGGGGGACUUUCCCUGCAGCUACAGUUAUAGGGAAUGAUGAAGACACAGCCCGCAGUCCACUCGUCAUAUCUUCCAAAGCCAUCAGAGUGAUGCCGGAAGAAUGUCAGCCAAGCAUGGGCGCUGUAUGACGUUCAAUCCCUUAAAUACAAAACACUGCCUUCAAUCUGCCUAAAUCUACAUAUAAAUAUAAACUUAUGGCGAGCGAAGGGAAUUUAAAAAAGCACAUCAGCAUAUUGCUGAGGUUGCUAGCUCGACUGAAAGACUACGGAAGAGAUGCAUUGCAGAAGACUUCCACUAAGAAACUGCAAAGAGCAUUUAUGUGCCUCUAAUAUAAACUACUGGCGUGUUGAGGCGAAUGGACAUGUUUUGCACAAAUUAUUAUGUAAUUAUACUUGGCAUCGGCACCAUGAUAUCGCAUCAGUGAGAAAAGAUUCAUUUUGCUCGUCUACAAGAUAUAUUUCAAUUCCGAUUACGGUGUAAAAGAUUAAAAGAUACAUUUCCUUCGAAAUUUAUUACAUAAACUCAGUGCAACAAAAUGGAAAACAAUUUUGAGUGGAUGUAAAGUAUUGUUCUUUGUCAUGAGUUUUUGUAAUUGUUACUAUGUGUUUCACAUGAGAACAGCAAGUUCUUUUGUUUUGAUUGUUUUUUCCGUGUUAUAUCAGCUUCCUUCCUUUGCUAAUUUCCACUUUAUUUAUACCAUCUAAACUACUUAAAAUACGAUCUCUAAUUACGAUAUCGAAAGGCUAUUUUAAGAAUAUCAUUUACAAUUUCAGUAUUAAAUAUUAUUUUAAAAUAUUUUUAUUUAUAACAUUUUUUUUCAAAUUUGAAAAGUCUAAUAAUUUAUUGCAAGUUCUUUAUAUUUUACGGAAUUACUAAAACUUCGCACUUUAAGAAUUACCUUUCAUUCAAUUUAAAGAUACCAUUUUAGUAACGCUCAGUGCAAACACCAUUUAAAUGAAAAUUUUUUGUCCAAAUUUGUAUGAUUAUCGAAUAUUUAUUUUCGGAUAUUUUAAAAAUAUUUUACGCGUAGUACUUAGAUUGGAAAUUUUAAAUACGGGUGUCAGAAAAAGAAAGAACAAUAUCAAAAGAAUUUAAACUUAUAUAAUUAAAAGAACCUUUAUAACGAAUUUGUUUUGAUUAAAAUUAAAUUGUUUACUUGUAAAUAGCACAAAAUUAUUUAUAUCUGUUCAGUAAGAUGAAGUGUUAAUAAUACAUGUUAUAAAUUUUACGCAUAAAUUUUACGUAAAUAUUGUAAUUUCAAUGUGUAUGUUCCAUGGAAACCAUCUCAUUUCUGUAUUAAAAGAAAUUAAACAUUUGAAAAGAUAUGUACUAUUUUAUGCGUUACAUUAUGCACAAGACUUAGUCAAUUUCAUACUUUUAUCAUAUGCAAUGCAUAUUAUAACUAAUAAUAUUUUUCAUCUGUAAAGAAUGGUUUUCAAAUGUUUGCAUUUAUGUGAGCAAUUAAUUUUCUCGAUAUCCAUAGAAUGAUAAAUUACCUUUGUGAAAAUUUCUGUAAAUAAGUAAAUGAUGUUUAAAGAUUUUCACAAAAAAUAAUAAAUAGUUAUUUGACAAAAAA